AGAUUCUACUUUCCCAAGGCCUGAAUUUAGACUCAGAAGAAAUACUUAUUCCCUUCUUCCUUUCCCAUUCUUCCCUUCUCCUCCCUGCAACUUAGAUUCCAGACAAGGCAUUCCAGGAAGACAUUUACUUUUAACAUUAAAGUAAACAAACAUUAAUUCUGUUUUGAGACUACAGCGAUCAACCUUAAGACAACUAGAUCCUGCCAAGAUUACCACAAUCCCAGGAUUUCCCAGGUGAUCAAAUGCAAAGCAGCUGUGCUGUGGGAGUUAAAGAAACCCUUUUCCAUUGAGGAGGUGGAGGUUGCACCCCCUAAGGCCCAUGAAGUUCGUAUUAAGAUGGUGGCCACAGGAAUCUGUCGUUCAGAUGACCAUGUGGUUAGUGGGACAAUUAUCACGCCUCUCCCUGCGAUCUUAGGCCAUGAGGCAGCUGGCAUUGUGGAAAGUGUUGGAGAAGGUGUGACGACAGUAAAACCAGGUGACAAAGUCAUUCCACUCUUUACUCCCCAGUGUGGAAAAUGCAAUGUUUGUAAACACCCAGAAGGCAACUUCUGCGUGAAAAACGAUCUGAACAUGCCUCGGGGGACCAUGCAGGAUGGUACCAUCAGAUUCACCUGCAGAGGGAAGCCCAUUUACCAUUUCCUUGGCAUCAGCACCUUCUCCCAGUACACAGUGGUGGAUGAGAUCUCAGUGGCCAAGAUUGACGAAGCCUCACCACUGGAGAAAGUCUGUCUCAUUGGCUGCGGAUUUUCUACUGGUUAUGGGUCUGCAGUCAAAGUUGCCAAGGUCACCCAGGGCUCCACCUGUGCCGUGUUUGGCCUUGGAGGAGUCGGUCUGUCUGUUAUCAUAGGCUGUAAAACAGCAGGAGCGUCCAGGAUUAUUGGGGUGGACAUCAACAAAGACAAAUUUGCAAAGGCCAAAGAGGUGGGUGCCACUGAGUGCAUCAGCCCUCAGGACUACAAGAAACCAAUCCAGGAGGUGCUAAAAGAGAUGAGUGGUGGCGGUGUGGAUUUUUCAUUUGAAGUCAUUGGGCGGCUUGACACCAUGCUGGCUGCCUUGUCCUGCUGCCAAGAGUCAUAUGGUGUAAGCGUCAUCGUAGGAGUAGCUCCUUAUUCUCAAAAUAUCUCUAUGAACCCCAUGUUGCUAUUGGGCGGACGUACCUGGAAAGGAGCAGUUUUUGGUGGCUUUAAGAGUAAAGAUUCUGUCCCUAAACUUGUGGCCGAUUUUAUGGCUAAGAAGUUCUCACUUGAUCCAUUAAUAACCCAUGUUUUGCCUCUUGAAAAAAUAAAUGAAGGAUUUGACCUGCUUCGCUCUGGAAAAAGCCUCCGCACCAUCCUGACAUUUUGAGACCAUACAAAUGCCUUCCUUUGGAGCAGGUCUUUUGGCUCCUGCACCUUCUGGAACCAUCAACCAAACAGCAUCAUUAACUCUGUUCUUCAGAAAUGCAAUCAAUAAAUUAUACAGGAGAGCUUUCCAAAAGAAGCAAAAAAUGAAAUGAAAUCCACCUUUUUUUUUAAAUCCCUUUUCAAGCAAAUGUUUAAAAUUCAAGUGAGAGCUAAAUGCAAUAUCAGCUGCAUAGUUGAGUCCAGUAAACUUUCCUUCUUACUCAUUUUACUCAUGUUGAAUUGUGGCAUCCUUCCCAUUGAGGAAAGGUAGGUAUUUCUUGCACUUCUUGUAUCUUUGCCACCCUCAGUCACUGAAACCCAGGGGAGCAGGUCCUCAUUACACUUGCCCCCCAGCACACACAUGAUGAGCUACCACACUUGAACUCUUCUAUUUCUACCUGUAUUUCCACUGUCUAUAUUUUCCUUUUUAUGAAAUGUACCAAAGCCCUAGGGGAAACGCUAUCAUCUGGAAAAGGAUACACUUAGAUUUACAAGUAGAGAAGGUCUAGAAUUUCUAUAUGCAGGGAAUUUUUUUCUCUUUAUUCGUAUAAUCUUAUAUUAGUUUCAGAUGUACAACAUAGUGAUUCAACAUUUAUUUACAUUAGGAAGUGAUCACAAUGAUAAGUCUAGCUACCUUCUGUCACCACACAAAGUUGUUACCAUAUUAUUAACUAUAUUCUAAAUUCAAGGAAUUUUUUAGGGAAAUGUCACAUAUUUUCAUAUGAUAGAAGGAGGUAUAUUUAUUACUUCUUAUACUGUUUGCAAUGAAUAUAUAAUUAUUCUUUUAAAACAGAAGCAAUUUCAUGCUACAUGUGAUAAAUACGAGAUUCAGAUAUUAAAUAUGAAAAUUGAACUAUUCCUAGAACCAAAUUCAAAAAUCUGUAUUUUUUACUCAUGAAAGUGCUUUAUUGGCUAAAUAGUUAAUUAUUAUAAUUAACUGAAAAUGAGUCAUAAGGUAAUUUAAAAGUAAUAUGGCGGCUUGAAGUGUAGGGAUGGGAAUGAAACAGCUAUGGACACAACAUAUAACUAAGAAAUGGCACAAACAUCCAAAGAAAUAUGUUUUCUAAGUAAAUAUAUGUGCAUAUACAGAUGUGUAUUCUAUAGAAAUUAUUUUUAAAUUAAAACUUUUCUAUUAACUGCCACGUCUUAAAUCUAGAAUUCUGAAAUUUAAUUUUUUGAAUAUGUAAAAGCCUAUGAUAGUCAUUUGUUCAUGCUUUCCCACUCUCAAGGGAAGAUUUGCAUUUUAAGCUUUAUCUCUAAAUAUACAUAAAAAGCUAAAAAGCUUACUCCUUUAAGGGGUGUUGUCUCUCUCCAAAAGUGUUAUUUGCUUCCAUGUCUACAAUUUGUUGAUAUUGUGGAAAGGACUUAAAACUUAGUGCAAGUGAUCUAUCACUUAAUUGUGACCUUAACUGGAAGUUACUCAACUUCUCUGAGCCCAUUUUAUCCUUUAAAAAAAAAAAAUUAAACACAAGGACCACAAAACCUUUUUUUUUUUUUUUUAAGUUUGAAAGAUUAAUUUAAUGCCUUUGGCACACUUUUUACUGUAGAGGACAUAUGGUAUCAGCAUUAAUGGGUCACCCAAAUACAAAGAACUCUAGAUUAUGACAGCAUUAAAGGUUUAUCCCAAUUCUGCAGAACAGCUUUUUAAAAGAUACUAUGGGGGCCUCAAAGCUGCGUGCUUCAGAUAGAAAUUCUCCACAGGUUGAAAUGCCAAAAUCUAAAAUCUAUGUGUUGUUGACUCACGUACUUUGGUCCGUUGUAACAGAGCUUUCACCAUCCAAACCAAUGAUGAAGCACUGUGCAUGCACGCCCACCCCCCCACCUCACCAGGUGAUUUUGGGUUCCCUAUAAGGCAGGUCAGAGCAGAUAACACCUUCAACACCCCUGUUUGACAGACUGUUCACAGUUUCAGAACAACCCCUCAGUCAUGAUGAUAGUGGAAGAAGAAAGGGAGUAUCACUUUUUUACCAGUGUAGAAAUGGGGUGGUGAAAGUAGAUUACAAACAAAAUGUGAAUCAGUGUGAUAAAAUGAUACCUGUGUCAGCUGGGCUUUCAUUGAACAACAAAUCAGCAACUCUUAAAAGUCAGCACAAUUUACCUAAACACCCCUGAGGUGGACCAUCAACUGUGGACUGUCCCCUAAUGUCUGUGCACUGGGAAUGCAUUGAGAGAUGAUGUACAUUUGAUAAAUCUCCAUGAAAUAAAUUGCCAGAAAAUUCUAACUUUUUUACUAUGGAAAAAAGAUUAAAAAUUUUUGCUUAGGUCAUGCCCAAA